CUGUGGACGAAAAUAGGGAAGUGUCGUAAUUCAUGGAAAAGGGUAACCAGCGCACUCCAUUGCCAAGUCACAUUUCCCGCUGAUAGCGCCCCCUGCCACUUUUCCGUUGUGCGCUCUCUUGCAGUACGAGACGUAAAAUAACGGAUAUAGAAAUAUGGUUGUGGUAUCACAGCAAGGGCGCAUGAGUAGCUGCAGAAAGAGCGAACUGCUGAGUACAGUGUAUUACGAGACGCAGGAUUAAAACCAGUUUUAGCGAGGCAAUGUCAUCGAACGCAAUUUUGCGAGGAGGGUAGUAAGGAACGACAUGCUAUUAGAACAUUUCUUAGAUGAACCUGAUGGGGAAGGUCACUUGUCCAAUGGUGGGAAAAGGCCAAAUGUUAAGUGAAAGGAUGCCAAUAACCUGCUUCACCAUAAAAUAUAUUCUAAAACGGUGCUUCAUAAUAUGUGUAGUGUGUCUCUCCUGCUUUUAUUUUACCAACAAACUUCCCAGCAGCAAUGAAAGUCAAGACAUACGAACAGUGGAUCCAAGGCACAUGAAGGAAGCUGAAAAUUAUGCCACUCAAGUACUGAGCCAAAAAUGCAGGCGUAACUUUGUCAAAGAAAAGAUGGCCAGUUUAUUUCCUCAGUACAAGACUCAUAUUUCUCCUUUCAUAUGGAAGGAAAAAGUAAAGACUGUUUAUCACCACCAUCCUCCACUUGGCUUUAACGAGUAUGAAUCGGAGCUGCAUGAGCUACUAGAUCUGUUGCCAGAGGUGGAUUUACCAGAAACAUUGAAAUUCCAAACUUGCAAACGGUGCGUAGUUAUUGGAAAUGGAGGCGUAUUGCAUAAGCUAAAACUUGGAUAUUUUCUGGAUCAGUUUGAUAUUAUAAUAAGAUUGAACAAUGCUCCAGUUUUGGGAUAUUUUGAGGAUGUUGGAAGCAGGACGACUAUGCGACUAAGUUACCCUGAGGGUGCACCUAAAGAUGAAAGAGAGUACCAUCCUGACAGUCUUUUUGUUGCAGUUAUUUAUAAGGGAGCUGACUUUCACUGGGUGAAGGCCAUGAUUAAAAAUGAAAGUGUGCCUUGGUGGCACAGUAUGUUUUUCUGGAAGGAAGUUCCUGAAAAAAUCCCAGUCAACUCAAAUAAUUUCAGAAUGCUGAAUCCUCUUGUUAUGACAGAAACCGCUCUUGGCCUGCUGCAGUAUCCAGAACCUGAGAAUAAUUGGCUCUGGAGACUGAUCUGGAGACACAGCCUAUUUUCUGGAUGGAAAAAGAAUAUACCAACACUGGGAUUCACGGCAGUAAUUAUGGCUACACAUUUGUGUGAUGAAGUAAGCAUAGCAGGCUUUGGAUAUAAUCUCAGCCAACCAGAAGUACCUCUGCACUAUUAUGAAAGUGUCCGAAUGGAUGCCAUGAAAAAACAGAAGAUGCAUAAUGUGACAUCGGAAAGUGUGUUCUUACAAAAACUUAUUAAACAGAAAGUUGUGACUGAUCUUACUGGUGGAAUAUUUUGCGAGUUUUGCAAAACGUGAAGCUGGCACAAUUGGAUAGAUUCAGACUUGAUUCAUUGUGUUGUGCGCAAUACUUCAUACUUUUUAGGCAUAACAUGGAGAAUUUUCUGUUGCACAGAGUGGGUAUGCAGACAUGUAUUUUUGAUGUCUGGUAGUACCGCUGUAGCAUGAUGCGAAGUACUGUGCAACAAAGAGAUGAGCUGUGCUGCUUACUUUAACAGUAUUUUCAUGAGACUUGACAGUCUUGACCCUUCUGUAGCCGUCUGGCUCCUGUGAAUGCAGCUUUCAUUAAAUGUUCAUUGUAUCACUUCAUUUUAAGAUCUACACACAUCUAAAAUGUGGUGACUACAUUUUUUUUAGUUCUAACAAAUUGAGGAUGUCAGUAGCACAGAUGAAAAACUGGAGAAUGCAGUCAUCUUUUUGACAUUUUUUUCGCCAUUUCUGGUUCUUUAUUUGCUGAUUUUAUCUGAACCUCGGAUUAGAGGAUAACGACUGACAGGUAGUUCUGGCCUUUCUUGCUGAAGGUACUGUGCACUGUAUUUGCUACUGCAGAACAUCAGGGAGCUGAAAUAUUUAAUCAGACCAGCUCCUUUUGGUCUACCAUUGUAGUCUUCAUCUGAUAUUGAUUCUUUAGAUUACAAGGAUCUCUGUAAAGUGAAUUUGUUGAAUGAAUCAUCAGUAUUAUAACAGAUACUGUACCAGUAUGAUUUCUUGGACAUAACCAUGGAGUGAAGAGCAUCACGGAAACAAACAGGAAAGUGUUUGAUAUAUUGCAGAAAGUCAGUGUCGAUCAGAGCUCCUCCAGCAUAUGAGAGCUGUUUUGAUCAUGUCAUAGUGUUACUCAAAAAAUGGAUUAGUAAACUUGUUUACAAGUUAAAUGGUUACAGGUUAAAUAGAAAUGUUUUAUUUCUUAGGUUCUGUAUUCCAGGAAGACUCAAGGUACCUUAGAUUAGGAGAAAUAUGCCCAUGACACUGGUGAAACUCUUCCUGUCUUCCUUCUGAUAAGUACCAUGGGAUUUUUGGCACCCACGUGAGCUGCCGUCAGGUUUAGGCAGGUGGUAGUUUGGUUUAACAUCUCAUAUAAAAAUGGCAACUCAACUGCAACAGACCCCUCAUUCUGAAAAGGAGUUUAUUGACCCAGGAUACAUGGAUGCAGAUGACUCAUGAGUCCUGCCUGUUGUGCCCAUGACCCGUCCUUCUCCUGUCUUAAUCUGUGAUCAGAUUAAGUUACUCAAUUGUUUUGUCCUACAGCAGUCUGCACUGCAUGCCCCUAUCAUUGCUGUAACACUCUUUCUCUUUAUUACACCCCUCUGUGAAGCUGGUAGUAUGUACUGUCUUAUCUGUUCCUUAAUGCACAAUUCGGUUUUACUUCAUGAUAACAAGUGCGGUACUAGAUUUACUAAACAGUAAACAAGCAGUAACAAGGCCUCCACUUUGCAUCCCUUUGUUAAGAGUACACCUAAUGUACACCUUCAGAGCAUGUACAUUUUCUCUUUAUUGUUUAUUUUGGAGUAAUAGGUACAUUGUGUGCUUAUUUGUUUAGGUUUGGUUAACUGUGAAAUGCAGUAUAAGCAGGUACCUGGCUUCUAGUGUAGCAGAGAUGUGGUGACUGACACCUGAAACCCAGCACAGGUAAUUGCCAUAACGACUAAUUUAUGCUGUCUAGGAGCCUAUUCCAAAUUCACAGUUCCCUUCUAAGCACUGUUUUGCUAAAUAAACCCUGUACCAGGGGAACUACAGCUUACAGCCUUAACACUUUGCACCAACUACCAGAUCAUAUUUGUUUCAUGAGUAAUGGAGAAAAAAAAUCCAUCUGCAGUGAAGUGGUAGUUUUUAUCUUUUGCUUUUAUCAUUCUUUUAAAUUGGUAGUUGUUUCAUUGAUUGUAAAUGUGGAAUUACAGUAGGGGAGAUCAUUUCAGAAUAACUUCUUAAUCCAUUAACAGUAAUGGAUUUAAUAAUUUUAUAAGUUUUGUCUAUAUGUUGCAUAGAAGGCAACACCUUAAAAAAUCCAUCACUGAAGGAAUAAUUUAGUUAGUGUUAUUUACUACCCAUUAAAUCAAGAUGGGAAGCAAAUUUUGGAAGUGUGUUCCAGCAAUUUUAGUCUUACAUGUAGUCAGUAUCUGUUUGACUCAUUUUUUUUGUUUAACAUGACAGAUGUUUUUAAGAUUCUUAGUUGACUUUUCAGAGAAUCAUUUUGAAUCAUAUUAUCUAACGUUUCUCUAAAAACUGUGAUGCUUAUUUGUAUAGAAGACAGGGACAAAUUCAGUAAAGCCUAAUCUAAGCGUACACGAUAUAUAUUGAAGAACAUUAUCACUUUUUUUUGUGCUUUCUAGUCACUCAGAAAAAUUACACUGUGUACAUGUAGUGUACACUUUGUGGUAACCUUUAUA